AUGCGUGUCCCGGCCGCAGUGCAUGCACUGUCCGCUGUCGUCGGGCAUGCGCCGCUGCGUCGGGAGGCGGCGUCGUGUGUCUCUGGCUUUCGCAGAGGAGUUGCAGCGCGGUCUGCAGGAACCUUUGACUCGGAAAUCGGGGCCCUGCAGAGUUCGUUGUCUUCCGCGCCUCGUCCUUCGUCUCCCUCCUCGCACUCUGCCUCCGCCUCUCUCCAGCCCGCGCUCGGUAUCCGCGCGUGGCCCUGCCCGCCUCCCCUGCCCUGUCUAUGGACCUCGAUUCGUUUUCUGCGGCAGCGCGUGCUGCCUUCGUCUUUACCCUCGCGCCGUUUUUCGGUCGAGAACCCAGAGACUGCGCGCUCGUGGCCGCCGCAGCUCGAGAAGGAGGAACAGGAGCGCCGGGAGGCGUUCCUCCAGGCGCUCGCUCAACCGACCGGCGAGAAUAUGCUACUGUGUCCGCCGCAGUGUCUGCCGCACUCUCGCGUCUACAUAGAGAAGUUGAUGGAGGAGGAGGCGCGCCUUCGGUUGUACAGGCACCUCAAGAAGGAGGAGCAAGAGGCCGCGGCGCUCACCAAACAGGGCAGCUGGGCUGGCGCGCCGCUCGCCGACACGCCCGCCGCGAAAAUGCAGCCUCUCGUCGGGAGGAAAUGCCGAGAAACCCUCCGCCAUCUGCAGGAAGCGGAAAUUGAGCGACUCGAGAAACAACGAAACUUCCAAGUGCCGCUCUUUGGCGUGGGUGAUCUGAUGGAAGUGAAGUACGAACUCUCGCGCUCUCAACAGACGUUCGCGACCUUCCAAGGGUACUGCGUGGAAGUGCGGAAGAAGCGGCUCAACUCGUCGUUCGUGCUGCGAAACUCCUACGAGGGCACGGGCGUUGAACAGCGAAUUCCGCUCUACUCACCGCGAAUAAUAUCGCUCAAGGUUGUCAGCAGCUGCGCGUCGCCGACACAAGACUUCCUUUCUCAGAGGCAUAAGCCGCUCACUCGCGACUACCGCUACAAAUGGAAAUACAACUUCCGCGGAAGAUGGAGUAGACGCAUCGGCAAACAUAAACCCGGUAUUCGGUCUGUCGAGAAGAAGAUCAGACAGAGAAUCGUUCGGAUUCGCAAGCGCUACAUGGGGCUGCGCAUCGAGGCUGGUUUGCCGCCGUACGUCUGGGGAGGCCCCUAUCCUCAGUACGGACGAAAGCGCUCGCUUUUCAUUCGCGGAGAGAUGUAUCGGCGCAUGCUCAUCUACUCCUUCGACGAGAGGCGCCGGCGAGCGGAGAAGCUGCGCAUGCGACGUGAAGCUGUGAAGUGGGGCGUCUUCAAGCUUCGGCAGCCGACCAUUCCCCCUGCUCUCACCGCCCUCCCGACGUAUCACCCUCUUUACCCUGGCAAUCUUCCGAAGUGA